UUUUCACAUUCACUCUCCAUUUUCUGAGACUCCACCUUCCACUCCCACAAUACACAGACCCAAGAAGAAAGCAAGAGGCAGCAGGCGGCCAGGCUCAGCUCCUAAGUUUCCUGAAGCCAAAUGGAAUGUGCCUGGUACCUUUGUGUCUGCAGCCUCCUCUGUGUCUGGCCUGCGGCGGCAGGACAUCCUUGCAGCAUUGACAGUAAGGGAUGGGCUGACUGCAGUGGAAAGAGCCUUCUGCACACUCCAGAUUCCCUUCCUGGAAACAUCACCAGCUUGGACCUUUCCUUCAACUCCUUGGCAAUGCCCAGAAGUGAGACUUUCUUGAUACACUUCCCUUCUCUGCGUGCCCUAAACCUCUCCAACAACAUCAUUCCCAUGCUCUAUCCAGCAGUCUUCUCUAACCUCUGGGCACUUCAUCUGCUGGACCUGAGCAGCUGUAACAUCUCCCACCUUCACCCAGAAGCUUUCCAGGGCUUGAGAAACCUGCACACACUGCUCCUGAAAAACAAUAAGCUUCAGAUUCUGCAGCUGCCUGCGUUCCUAGCCUUUGGAGCCCUUGUCCAUCUGGAUCUGCGGAACAAUGAUCUACUCUCUGUGGAUGCACUAGUCCUGCAACUAAUGGAAAGAACCCAUCAGAUCCUGCUUCAGGGGAACCCCUGGGUCUGUAAUUGUUCCAUGUAUCCUUUCCAGCAAUGGCUACAACAAAGACGAGGUGUGCAAGUACUUUGUGCCUCCCCACCAAAACUCCAGGGCCAGGAGGUCAAGACCCUGAACUUUCAGGAUCUGGGCUGCAGGAGAAAACAGUGGUUUCCUCAGGCUCCGCCUUCACUCAGAAGAAAACUGCUGGCCACAGUGCAGAGAAAUGACACAACCACCACUGCAGCAACCACCAUGUCAUCUGCAGGGAAGGGAGGGAACAGCUGGCCAUACUUGGUGGGCUUCCUUGUAUCAGCUGUUGGCAUCUCCAUCCUGAUUGCACUGGCUGCAAAGUGCAAACUAUUCCAUAAGAAUUUCGCCAGCUACCGCCACCGGCCACUGCCUGACACCAGCUCGAUGGGAGGCAGCCAUGCUGAGAGGGGAGCUGCCUGGGGGGAGAACCAAUCCAUGCCUAGUGCUGCUGGGCUGCAACUGGAGGAUGAUGAUGGCUUCAUUGAAGAUAACUACAUCCAGCCAAGUGAACGGCUGCAGGAGGAAGACUAAUUGGAGACACAUUUCUCCCUCUGAGGCUGGGACUUCACCCAGGCUCCCCUCCCAGCAGUCCCUCUUCACCUUCUGAGGCCAGGGCUUUCAACUCCUGGCCUGUAAUUUCAGCUCUCAGCAGCCCAGGACCUCCACCUCCACUCCCAGCCUUCCUUCUCCAGCAAGUUGUCACUAUUCUUGUUUUAGCUUCCACUGUUUAACUUAGGGGGUGGGACCAACAUGAAAAAAGAAGGAGCUGAGAAGUGACAUGAAAGAAGGGGUCAGCAUGGGAGAGGGGAUAAUGGGAGCGGAGCUUACUGGGAAGCUAUUAGGGUCCAAUUUUAUCCCUGGUGUAACAGCACCAACUUCAGUGGUGUUACACUAGGGAACAGUGCAGGGAGGUCUGCCUUGGCACUGAAAACAAACUGCUCUUUACUCAUCUGUAUAUUUUUGCUUCAGUAUUUGAAAUACCAUAAAGCAAAGUGAAAGCCAGCCUGGUGCAGCCUUUGCUCCUAGUAUGAGGCCAGGGAGAGACCCCCCACCCUCAGCACCAGCCUCACGCACCAUAGCCUGAGCCAGAGUUCCAGAAGACAAGCAUUGAGAUGGACACAUACCAGCACAGACACUCCUGAAUCUGAGAGCCUGGUGACAUUGCACAGAGAAGACAAAGACUAGAACAUCCCCCAUGAAACCCUGACUUUGCAGCCUCCAGCAACUCUGCCCUGGAGAGGGAGGUACUGCCCAUCAACACGACAAAGCCACUAACCUGUGUAUCAAGCCUGCUUUCCGAUCCUAGCUCAUAUGAGAGCUCAGAAGCCAUAGGAGGGGAAAAGCCAGGGACAGUUAUAAGAGGAGCAUCUGGGAAGCUGUCUGGUUGUGGUGCCAAACGGGCUCUGUUGUUUAACGUGAAUACAUGUGGCUGCACAGCCUGUCGCACUCUCAUGGCUCCUUCCACUUCAGAGCUGGACUUGUUUGGGUUUAUUCCUUUUGAUUGGCUGCCCUCUUGGUUACAAGGCCCAGCACUUGCUGUGUGAGCUGGCAGCUGAGUCCUGAAACAAGAGUAAUGAAAUCUCUAACGCACAGUGAUGUUAUCCUCGUGCCUAUCAUUAUCCUGAAGGGUCCCAGCUUUACAGGCUGCAUCUGUGGGGAUGCUCCAUCCAAGGGUGAAAUGCAGCCAUCUCUUUAAGAGAACAGGAGGCAAAGGAGAAUCCUGGGUCUAGUAGAAACUGCACAAGCAUGUGUCAACCUAAUAAAAUACACACUUUUUUAACUUUGUGUGCAGGGUGAAGACAAGCAGCUUUCUCUCUUUAUUUUGUGCAAGCCCCCUCCUUCCCUGCCAGUGUUAUGCUGUUUCACAUGUAUCACACCUGGUGAACUCCUUAUGU